AUAUAAUGGUCGAAACGACUGGAAUCAGCGACCAAACGAAAAAAGUGCUGAUCGGUGUGGCAGCUGCAGCGACAGUUGCAGGUGUAGGAUACUUGGUAUAUAAGAGUUUUGGAGGUUCAGACCUGGAAAGGGACUUGGAGGAAAUAAAAGCAUUGGGAAAUUUGAAGUUUAAAGAGAAACAAUACGAUUCCGCACUAGAAGCAUUCACAAAAGGAGUCGAAAAGGCCGGACCAAACUCUUCUGAUCAAAUUGUCGCAAUGCUCUACCAAAAUCGUGCAGCCUGUCGUGAAAAGGUUGGACACAGCCCUUUUGAUAUCCUCAACGACUGUAUGGCUGCAUUGAAAGUAGACAAAAAAUACACCAAAGCAUACUUGAGAGCAGCAAAAGCACUUAAUGACGUCGGAAAGAAACAGGAUGCUCUGGCGUAUCUUCUUGCCGCGUUCACUUUGGAUUCUAGCCUGAAUAAGACGAAUUUCGAAUUCUUUGGAAAGCUUCUUGCUAUAGAACCCAUGUCCGACUGUCACAUUGGAAAACCACUCAAAAUCGAAGAUGUUAAGCCACAGCCAGUAGCUUUGUUCAGAAUUCAGCAGUGGUGUGAUACUUGGGAUAUUCUUGAUCUUUUCAAAACAGAUCUCACCAGAUUCGAACCAGAAGUGCUCAGUGAAGACCAGAAACAAUACCAACUUGCACUGGAAAAGUUCAAAAAAGGAAAAUACGAAGAACUGAUUGAUCUGCUUACUGAGGAAAACAGCUAUCCUCCGGCAAUGAUCUUGCGUGGAAAAAUGCUAAGCUACAGUACUGAUCCUAACGAGGCAACGAGAUAUAUCGAUAAAGUUGGAGCAAAAAUUAACGAACUGAUUGGAUCAGAAGAGGAUGAGGAACGCAAAAAACUAAUGAGAGAUGCUUUCGAUAUUCUCAAGAUUGAGCUAAUGUAUACUAUGGCAGAUUUGGAUAAAUUCCUGGAAUCAGUUCCAAAAGACGAUAAGGAAAGACUUUUCAAACUUUAUUCGUUUGCAUCUAUUUUUGUGUAUAAUGGAUGUGUUCUCGAUACAGCAGUGACGAAUCAUGAGCAACAAAUGAUGGCGGAUACAAACAAUGCCAAUAGACUUCUCACAGAAGCUGAAAAGAACGGAACUCUCACUCCACAUCUUUCCAUGAUUGUUACAUUCCUGAAGUUGUGUACCAGCGAAGACUACGCUGAUGUUCAUCGACGAAUCCGAGAAAUGGAAGAACUCGCAGAGAGUAGAUCUACUCAUUUCAAUCUGGUUCUUAUGUCCAAAGUAUAUAUGAUGACUAAUAAUGAGGAGAGCUCGAAGAAGUUGCUCGAAGAGGCUGCAAGGAUUACUACGAGAUAUUUGGUGCCAAGUAGGCAUUUGCAGACUGCUGAUCUCCACGUGCACAAACCAGAAGCUGAACGACUCAGAUUGACAACUGAAAGUGCCAACGCAGCAAUUGCAGUUGAUCCAUUCAAUUUCUCGGCUCACGUUCUUCAUCUUUUGGGAACUAACGGGCCAGAGCCGAUGAUCAAGAAAGAAAAUUACGAGCGAGCAAUGGAAUCAAUUCGAAAUGCAGCUCUAUUUGCCCCACCACGAGAACUUCUCAUGUUGAAGAGAAUGAUUCCAUUGAUGAAUGCUAAGAAACGUGCAGCUGAAAUGCUCGAUAUGUAUUAAUUUAAAGAAUUUUUGAAUAGUUGAUAGGCUGCUUUGUUACCUGUUUUUCCCCUCAUUUCCCCGUUUUUUUUUUAAGUUUUCGGGUUUCUCAAAAUCAACCCAUCCGUUUUCCAGUUCCGUUCCUUACCUACUGUGUUCGUUUUCUUAUUUUAUUCUUCGCUUUUUUGUUUUUUUGUUCCCGAUAAUCUCAUAAAUACCAGAUAUU